CUACGUCGGAGGGUCUUGGCCGCGGCGCCCGAUCCGCAAGUCGCCGGCCGGAGACGGAGCGGCGGUGUCGCGCGCUCGGGACGCCGAGGCUCCCUUGUCGGACGGCGCAGGUUUCGUCUCCUGACAGAGGAGAGGGUCUGGGGGCGCGGGGCGCUGCGCUGCCGUGUCCCCCGGGCCCGGACGCGGCCCCGAGGUGACCCGGCCAGAGUCGGGGCGGGCACGCGGGCGGCGCAGGGCCCUCUGGGCGGCGUCGGCGUUUCUGGGGGGUGGUCGUGACGUUUCUCGUGGUCGCCUCAAGUGCUCUGCCUGGAAGUGUCGCCUUCUCCUUUUUGGCUGGGCUGUUUCCCCGUGCCUUCGUACUCUGAAGUUCGUUGCUCGCACGGGAGAUUGGCAACGCAGGCCGGCAGGUCUCGGCUGAGGAGGAUUUGCAGCGUGAGCCUCAGCGGGGCCCGAGGGCCCUUUGAGAGCGGGCCGGGUAACGGGCAGACCCGGCUAGCGGGCGCGGCCCUCCCGCACUGAACUAACUGGCUUUUCCGAGCAAGCCGUGGCCACCUUUCUGUUCUUUGGAAUUGGCAGAUGUGGGCCCCACAGGAAGUGUGCGGGCUGCUUUCUUGUUGAAGAGACCCGAUCCCAGGCCACCAUAAAGAGCAAUUCAUCACCUUAAAACUUCUCAAAGCUGUUCAUUUUGGCCCAGAGAGACGUGUGCAGAACAGUGGCACUCUGGGGCGAUCAAUAGCGAGGAGCGAAAGGAAGGGAUUAAGCCCUGCGUUCCGAGAGCUGGAGCCGCCCUCCAGGGUGUUUCCGACCUGGAGGACCGCGGGAAGCUUCCAGCGCACGUGCAGUCACUCAGCACUGGCAUCUUUCACUUCAGAAAGUUUGUAUCUGGACACUGUUGUGUUUUCCAAGACUGUCUACAGAGAGAGAUCGUCUCACAGCUCCAGGUAGGUGGGCUCCAGGAAAGAAGGCCAGCCCUUUGUGAGUCCCGAGUCUGCUUGUGACGCUCUGAGUGACACUGAAUCUGAACACUUGCCGUCCAUGGGUCUGCUCUGAACCUUGGAUCCUGCUUAUGGGGGAAGGUGACGCCAUCUGGGCCCCAUCCAUCCUUGCUCACAGCACCCUCGGCACCGUAAGUCACCACCCCCAGCUGCACCUUGGGAGAAAGAUGGAGUCCAAGGUCUCGGAAGGUGGCCUGAACGUGACCCUGACAAUCCGCCUGCUGAUGCACGGGAAGGAAGUUGGAAGCAUCAUUGGCAAGAAAGGAGAGACUGUGAAGAAGAUGCGUGAAGAGAGUGGUGCAAGGAUCAACAUUUCAGAAGGAAACUGCCCAGAGAGAAUCGUGACCAUCACAGGCCCAACAGACGCCAUCUUCAAGGCCUUUGCAAUGAUUGCAUACAAGUUUGAGGAGGACAUCAUUAGCUCCAUGAGCAACAGCCCUGCCACCAGCAAGCCACCGGUGACGCUGAGGCUGGUGGUCCCGGCCAGCCAGUGUGGGUCCCUGAUCGGCAAAGGCGGCUCCAAGAUCAAGGAGAUCAGGGAGUCCACAGGUGCCCAAGUCCAGGUGGCUGGGGACAUGCUGCCCAACUCCACGGAGCGGGCAGUGACCAUCUCGGGGACGCCAGAUGCCAUCAUCCAGUGUGUCAAGCAGAUCUGUGUGGUCAUGCUGGAGUCCCCACCGAAAGGUGCCACCAUCCCCUACCGCCCAAAGCCCGCCUCCACCCCUGUCAUUUUUGCAGGUGGUCAGGUAAGAGCCGACCCGCUCGCGGCCUCCACUGCCAACCUCAGCCUUUUACUGCAGCACCCGCCGCUGCCCGCCUACACAAUCCAGGGACAGUACGCCAUCCCCCAUCCGGAU